CGGGGAAAAAUUUACGCCUGCGCAAUGCCAGGCGUCCUGCCUUGUUCACAGUACGCAUGUUCUUGAUCGUUUCCUGGAUUCCUUGACAGCUCAAACAUUCCGGAGUGAAUUCGUGUCGACUGCCCAGAGUCCGCGAAUUCAGAUCCGUCCCAACAACGGAAAAAGCAUCCAGUAAUCAGGUCCUUAACGGACACUACAUCAUCAGCAGAAAAAGAUUUGAGGAAACCUUGUAACCACAAUGUCUCUGCACCAGUUUCUCUUGGAACCUAUCACCUGUCAUGCGUGGAACCGGGACAGAACUCAAAUUGCAAUCAGCCCCAAUAAUCACGAAGUCCACAUUUAUAAGAAGAGUGGAAACCAGUGGAUGAAAACCCAUGAACUAAAAGAACACAAUGGACACAUCACAGGCAUUGACUGGGCCCCCAAGAGUGACCGCAUCGUGACCUGUGGUGCUGAUCGCAAUGCCUACGUGUGGAGCCAGAAGGAUGGUGUUUGGAAACCCACCUUGGUGAUUCUGAGGAUCAACCGUGCUGCAACCUUUGUGAAGUGGUCUCCUCUUGAGAACAAGUUUGCUGUAGGCAGUGGAGCUCGACUCAUCUCUGUCUGUUAUUUUGAGUCAGAAAACGACUGGUGGGUUAGCAAACAUAUCAAGAAACCGAUUCGUUCAACGGUCCUGAGUUUAGACUGGCAUCCAAACAAUGUCCUCCUGGCAGCGGGGUCAUGUGACUUUAAAUGCAGGGUGUUCUCCGCAUACAUAAAAGAGGUUGACGAGAAGCCAGCGGCAACUCCAUGGGGUUCCAAGAUGCCGUUUGGGCAGGUUAUGGCAGAGUUUGGGGGUGCAGGCAGUGGGGGAUGGGUCCACAGCGUCUCCUUCUCUGCCAGCGGGAACCGUCUGGCCUGGGUCAGCCAUGACAGCACCGUGACUGUGGUGGACGCGACCAAAGGCUCCACGCUUUCCCAGCUGAAGACAGAAUUCCUUCCACUUCUGAGUGUCACAUUUGUCUCAGAAAACAAUGUUGUUGCAGCGGGCCACGAUUGCUGCCCAAUGCUGUUCAGCUGUGAUGACCGUGGGACCCUGAGCUUCAUCUCAAAGUUAGACAUUCCAAAGCAGAGCAUCCAGCGCAAUAUCUCUGCCAUGGAGCGCUUCCGCAACAUGGACAAGAGGGCCACCACUGAGGACCGCAACACCACCCUGGAGACACUGCACCAGAAUAGCAUCACCCAAGUGUCUAUAUAUGAAGGAGACAAAAGAGAUUGUCGUAAAUUCUGCACUACAGGAAUUGAUGGAGCUAUGACCAUUUGGGAUUUCAAGAGUCUAGAGUCUUCAGUCCAAGGCUUACGGAUCAUGUGAAGGACAAGACAGUGAACUGGCAUGACACAGCUCACAAGCAAUGCAACUCCAAGACUGUCAAAUCCAUUUCUGAAAACACUUUUGGAUGUGUCAACUUAAAAGAAGCACUGAAAUUGGGAACUGACAUGUGACAUCACUGUAUAUUUAAAAAUGCAAAAAAGAGGAAAGAAGCAGAUGAAAUAAUGUGUGGAAUGUUUGUUUUUUAACUUCAGCUGUGAUUUUCUUGAUUCUAUACCAAAGCUGGUACCCCAGUGGGUAUGGCUGCUCAGCUCCUCUGGAGGCAUUGUGAAACAGUAACUUAAAGGGGGAUUUUAUGUAAAUGGUCUGAGAGAAAUAAAUGAAAUACAUAUACACUACACUCUCGGCAUGGUUCCAUUGUUUUCAUUUUAUUUUGUGCACUACAUGACAAUCUUCUGUGUUCAUGCAUUGCAUCAAGGAUAGAUUUUAUACAGGG